UAUUGAUAUAGCCUGUAAGCCAUUGAGAUAACUUACAUCCGGAGGGUGGCGGUAUUGCUGUACAUAGUUUGCAUCCACCGUUAAACGAAGAAGAAAACGAAGAAGAAGAAGAAGAAUAUGUUGGGGAAUAGCAAACAUGGCGGCCUCCAGUGAGUUAGCCAAGAAAACUACUUCUGCCUCAGAAGUGGAUGUGUUAUUGCACCCUGAGUUGCUAUCUCAUGAUUUCCUCCAGCUCAUUUUAAGUGAGAAAAGGGUCAGCACCAGAGAUUGUGGGGGUCGGGACCAACUCGUAGACCUCUACAUACGACAUGUUAUCCCCCGACCCCAGCGGACGUUGCCCAACAAUCGAUGGGGAAAGAGGAUGGCGAAAGCCCGAGGGAAAUUGACACCGCCUAACGCGAGGGCAGAAAGGGACCACUUGAAUUCCUCUGGAUUACUACAACCAAAGAAAGCGGAGACGGCCACAGUGUCUUCAGGAGUGACCGAUAGACUAAAACCUCCCCCGGCUGUAAACUUGUCCAACCCUAUACGCAGACUUCCUGGAAGUUCAUCAUCGUCAUCAUCAUCAUCAACGACAUCAUCAGCUUCCUCUUCCAGCCUGAUCUCUUCACGCAGCACUGACACAACAAGCCUCAAACGGGAGGCAAACAGCUCGGGUGUUCUGAAGUCUCCAGAUGUGAAGAAAAAGAUCCAGCAUGUGACUUGGCCGUGACCUCUGACCCCUACUCAUUAAAGAAACAGAGAGAGGCGUCCUUCGCAAGUAUGGAAAAGUAUGGAAUUUGAUUUUACUCAUUUCCAGGUCUGGAAAAGUAUGGCAAAUGGAAACUCAAGUAUGGAAAAAAUUCAUGAUUCCAAGACUGUUACCACUGGUCUGUUUUGUAAAAGAUAAAAUUAUGAAUAACUUAAAAAAAAAAAAAAAAUGAUUUAUUUGUUUUUCUAAGGUGUAAAUGCGUGUGUGAAUGGUCGUCGUCUGUAUGUGUCCUGCGAUUGGCUGAUGACCAGUCCAGGGUGUACCCCGCCUCUCGCCCAAAGUCAGCUGGGAUAGACUCCAGCAAGCCCCUGUGACCCUAGUGAGGAGAGGCAGCAUAGAAAAUGAAUAAAUGUUUUUCUCAGGCGCUUGCUAGGACAGCUAAGAUUUUUGUGUCACACAGUGGGCGACACAUCCUGGAAAACAUUGGAGAAGAUAAGUUAAACAAGUUGAAUGGCCAUCCUCCUCCAACCCUUCGUAUGAGCUACAGUACCUACGUAGCUGUAAUGUCCUGGAAAUGAUCCAGUAUGCUGACAGAGUGGCAUCCCUAUUCCCAAUCAUGAAAACACACUAUUCAUUUCAUAAUUUAUUUACAUGCAACUAACGAUUAUUUUCUUAGUCAAUUCAUCUGAAGCUUGUUAUUUUUGAUUGACUGAGUAAUCGGUUGGGCCCUAGAUGGACAAAAUCAACAUGAACCAACACAAACAGUUAGUGGUUUGGUCUGGGUUGAAACGAUUCCUUGAGUAAUUACACUACUUUGAUUACAAAAAACAAUAGAGGACAUUUUAGUACUGCUUUGAGGAAUCACUCACGCACUUACGUCACCCACGGAGAAGAAGCGACUGUUUUAGUUGAAGGAGCAGGAAGAUUGACGAGGCGGGAGAAAACGACAAGGCAAUGAAAGAGAAGGAAAACAACACAAAAUGUGGAAGUGCGGGAGCAUUUCAGGCUAAGCUGCAAGUUGAACACUGACGGUUAUUCGACGUGAGGGGGCACUUACAUAGCACAAAAGCACAUCUUCGAUGUUGCAUCAUCUCCGGAGACACCCAGAAUGACGCGGAAGACCCGCGACAAAGUAAAUUUAACGUAGCGCAAUUCAAUGACAUUAACGCUCAUAACGUUAAUGCACCCUACUAACAUAACGUUAGCCGUGUGGAAGGCUAGGUCCUAGCUUUCUCUUAACUAUGGCUGUCGAACGUGUGGCCAGUUUAUUACGACGGUAACAUGACUUCAUACAGGGUUUAUUUCAUCUGCAAAAAGACAGCGUUUGAGUAAAGAAGAAGGAAAAUAAAAGCAUUUUAGCUCAUUAAUUAGUAGUUGGUGAUUUCUAGCAGACAAUGCUGUCUAAUGGAACAAGGAAGUGUGUGUCUCACUCGUUUGGUUGGUGGAUAAAAUAUCCUACUGUGUUCCACUACAGUAGGGGUCUUAAUUUUAGUUUGAUCACAGCAAAAACUCAAAAUCUUAUAAAAAAAUAUAUAUAUAUAUACAGUAUAUGUGUCCUAUUUCUAGCCAGCCGGGCUGAGUUUAUAGUUCAUAAAUGGCACAGCCAUCAACAUAGUGUAAUAUGUCAUUUAGUCUUACUAAUGUCAAUUAACAAAUGACUAUUUCUCUCCUUUUCCAGUAAAUCAAUACGGUCUCGGAUGGAUACAUGUAUCUACAAACAAACAAACAUGAUAGUCCAAGACACGUGCGUACUGAGCAUAGUGGAUAAAUACAGUUCGUACCCAUGCACAAGGUGAAUUUAAGAAAUACAACUGUUAAUUGUCUAAAAAAAUAAAGCAAUUGUGAAAUGUCUGAUUUUCUCUUGCGUAUUUAAACAAGCAAAAAUGUGUUUUCCCCGAUUACUUUUCAGUUGAAUACUCGGUUACUGAAAUAUUCGAUAGCUGCAGCCAUGGUUUGGUCCACGACAUAUCAGAAAAGAGGCAAAAACGUUGAUGACCAUUUUCCAAAGUGUGUAAUUAUCUUGUUUUGCCGAAGACACAAAGGUAAUACGUCUGCUUUCAUGGAUGAAAUACGUAUUCACAUUUGAGAGGCUCAAAUCAGAGGAUAUUUACAUUUUAAAAUAAAGAAAACGAUUAAUCAAAUAUCAAAAUAGUUGUGGAUUAAUGUUGAUUAGACAUCGAUUAAUUGGGAUCUAUUUAGUGAGUCUGGAAAAAGUCAAAUCCGUAGGAACCCUGCAGAGAGCAUCAGCAAUCCUUUCAAAGCAACGCUAAGUGUUGUGCUCCCAUCACAGUAUUUUCUCAAAUAAAGUGUUUUAUACAAGGCUAGCAAGCGUUUAGUAGCCGUUUACAGUCAUACAAACUUUACUUUCAGGUGUGUAUCGUCUUUUCUAGAACGAAAACCUGUUCACUUAAUUCAUUUUCUUUCUACUUCAACCUCAGUGAGGUUAACUGGUUAUAAAUGUUUUUUGUACUAUAUAGUGCAUACGAUAUCAAUGAAGCAAAGUACAUCACAGAGAUGAAUGGAUAUAAAACAGACAGAAAACAUGAACUUUAAAAGUUGGUCCCUGUUUUUAGUUUUUGUGGUCUUUUGACUUGGGAUCUUUUCCAAAUCGGAGAUGGCAAUAUUCUAUUUGUACCUGCUGCUUUUAUAAAUAAAGUGUGUCAAUUCAAAUGAUCACUACUGUUGCUUUUAUUGCAGUAUGGAAUCAGUCGAAUAAUACUCCUCAACUUAUCUGUUUCAAAUGAGUGGCAAUCCUAACCAGGUGUAUUCAGCUCGUUGCACACGGGCCAGCUUCGGCCCCUGGAUGACGGAUGACUGAUUUGAUAGGCCUGCAAGUCCGUCUUACAACUGCGGGAAAAAAAUCUGCAAACAAACUUGUGAGACCCUUCUUGUGUAUAGAAGAUCUAAACUUUGUUGUUACUGUAAAUGUUCCAGUUAGCAUUUCUAUUCAGUUGGCUUGCUCACAAAAGAAAACAACCGCUGAGUUCUCUGAUUAGCGGCAGGUUAAAUAACACCGGCAACAGCUGCGGCUGUAGGCAACCUCCCGAUGUUUGUUUAAAUUACCUCCACAAGAAAGCAGUAGCUGCAUUUGAAGUACCAUGAGUGUUCGCAUCCAGCAACUUUAUCUACCUCUGCUUGCGCUUUUAAAAUAUUGGUUUUGUUGCAGUACUGUUUUUUUUUUUUACAUUGAGCUCAUCAGCAAUAUUAAUGCUAGCUGAACUGUAUGCUGCUCAGCGCUAUUACAACAUUGGCUCUGAUGCUGCUGUGUUGUGCAACAUACCAUAUGCUGGGAUGAGAGGCGAAAUGUGACGACUUGCUCACAGAGAGCUACGUUUUCCUUUCCACUUCGUCAGGCACUCCACGUCAUUCAGGUUACAAAAUAAAUGAAUUUAAUUGAUAAAUAAGAUGGAUUCCUGUGGUGAAUGUGUGCAGCUUUUAUUUAUGCUAGAAGAAUCCAUGCACAUCUACAGUUUACACCAGAGUUCCACAGAAGCGAAUCCAUGCACAAUACAGGAGUUAGUCAAGUUAAAGACGCAUACAAUGUGCAUAUAUGUAGAUUGGGUAACAAUAUAUCUGCAAACAUGUCCUCUACAUUCAUGCAAGUACUGCAGUCUGUUAGCAUUUUAACAUUCCAAAGUCAAAAAUAGUAGCUGUGGUGUACA